AUGUCUAAAUCAUCAUUAAUUCCUCUUGAUUUUUUUCUUGAUAUGUGUCCAUUUGAUCUUUAUUCUAAAACUGGUCCAUCUAUUCCAUCAUGUAAUCCAUCCAUCGCACCUGAUAUUUCAAUGAUUCAUGGUAUGAAUUUAUCCACAAAUAACAAUAACAAUACAAUGACAUGUUUUGAAUCUCAAAUAAAUCAUCCAAUGCUUAAUGGUGAACUUCUUCUUUCAUAUUGUCCAUCAACAUCAUUAAAUAUUCCAUAUCUAACAGAAACAAGUAAAUCAACACCAUCAUUAAUACCUUGUGCAUUAACACAAUCAUGUUCAAAUAAUAAUUUUCCAUUAAAUAUACAUUUAUGUAAAACAAUCAAUGAAUAUUUAAAUGAUAUUAUUCGUCUUUUAAUUCAUAUGGAUACAAGUUCCGAUAGACGUAUGCAUAAUAUAAAUAAUCUUUUAAAAACAAUUCAAUUUAUUGUUGAACGUUUUAUAUUUAUUCAACAAAGAAUAAUUAAACCAUUAAAUGAUUCAUCAAGUGAUAUGUUAAAAUUGAAUAUGUUAAUACGUUCACUUAAUAAUCAAACCAAUCAAAAUCAUAAUAAUAAUAAUUCACUUUAUUUAGAUCAUCGUUUACAUGAAGAAUUUAUUUUAAUAUUAAAACAAAUUGUUAAAUUAAUUGAUUCAUCACGUUUAUCAACAACAUUAUCAAAUAUAAAUUUACAGGAAAAACUUGAUUCGAUUCAUGAACAAACGAAUUUAAUGCAUGAACAUCUUGUUACUAUUACACGUAAACUUGAAACGAAUAUUAUUUAA